GUGUGCUGCAGCUGGUUGUUCUCGAACUCGCUCUCUUCUUCAGGACUUUACCGGAGUGCAGCAGGGCUCACACAGCAGAGGUAGGCACCUUCCUCUUCCUCCUCCUGUGCUGCAGGGCUCACACAGCAGAGAUGCCUGGUGUGUGUGUAGUGUGUGUGUGCCAUGUAGGAGUUCUGCUUCUGUUCUGGGCGAGCCGGGCAGAUCUCUACCGGACCCAGUACCCAGAAGACCACUCAGAGGACUACAGACCCAGAACCUUCCGGGACAGCAGGGGAAUGGAAUGCGAUCGUUGCUGUGAGCCUGGAGAGGAACCCCCCCAAAACCUGAGAGUGGUUCCCCAUAUCAACAUCACCAUCCUUAAAGGGGAGAAGGGGGAGAGUGGAGCGCGGGGUGCCUAUGGGAGGUCUGGUAAAGCGGGGCAUGUCGGCCCCUCGGGCCCCCACGGGGUGAAGGGUGUGAAGGGAAGCAUGGGGGCCCCUGGGGAGCCCUGCAAGGCCCACUACGCCGCCUUCUCUGUGGGCCGCAAGAAGGCCCUGCACAGCAGCGACUACUACCAGACGCUGGUCUUUGACACGGAGCUCGUCAACCUCUACAAGCACUUCAACAUGUUCACCGGGAAGUUCUUCUGCUACGUGCCCGGAGUCUACUUCUUCAGCCUCAACGUGCACACCUGGAACCAGAAGGAGACGUAUCUGCACCUGAUGAAGAAUGAGCAGGAGGCGGCCAUCUUGUACGCCCAGCCGAGCGACCGGUCCAUCAUGCAGAGCCAGAGCCUGCUGCUGCAGCUGGCGCGCGAUGACCAGGUGUGGGUGCGCCUCUACAAGGGCGAGCGCGAGAACGCCGUCUUCAGCGAUGACUUCGACACCUACAUCAACUUCAGCGGACACCUCAUCAAGGCACAGAGUGAAGGAUAGGACUCGCCCGUCGCCAUGGACACGGCCAAUGGGCUGCCUUAGCCCACUGUGAUGUCAGCUGCCAUUCACACUGUGUAUCAUACGCAUCACUGCCUUACGGUUCAAUGACGUGUUUGAGUUUUUCCAAAUCAUAACUUUAUUUCUCUUUAUUCUAGAUUGUUUAUUUAAAAGAGAGUGAUAUUCGUCUUUGGGACAGGCAUGUUAGAGUAGCCGAAUCAUGAGUGUUGAACAGCAGACGUACCAAUGCCUGAUGCAGGGUUCCCGCGGGGUCCUAAAAAUUCUUAAGAAGUCUAAAAUGGUGACCUUUAAAUUUAAGGCCUACGUCUAAAAAAACGGGCCAGAUUUUCAUACAAGGUCUUAAAUUGGCGCUGGAGUUACACGCGAGAACAGAGAAACAAGCUAGCCGCAAAAUGCGAUUUCUCAGCACCUACUAUCCGCUAAUAGCCGCUAAUACUAUCGCUCGGAAUCUCCAGUUCCGUUCUUUCAUGUGACAUCUGUGUGAUUUGUGUGAGAAAUACUCCAUAAGCAAUUCAACAGAGGGUAAUGAUCAUUAGGGCCCAAGCACCGAGGUGCGGCCGCUGUAGCAGCAGAGGGUAAUGAUCAUUACAAUAUAUUUUUUAGGAGGCCUCAUCUUCGAGUAGCUUCAGCCCCUCCAAAGAAUAUUGUAUGCGUCCCUGACAACGCUCGUACACAUACUCACA